AGUUCAGAGUCACGCGGAGAGUUGCCGGUCGACUCGGAAUAAUCGGCGGCCGAUAACGAGCUGUUACAUAAAUCGCGCUAACCGGCGAGGACGGCGAGAGGGGUAAGAGUGAUUCCAGCACAUUCCACCGAAUCGUAUCAGUGGUGGGAACACGUCUACUGUCCUCCAUGACUCAAGCACUGCAGACCCACGGAGUUAUUCCGGACGUGGUGGACAAGGUGCCCGCUGGCGUCCUGAACGUCACGUAUCCCAGUAACCUUGCCGUUGAGAUCGGCAAGGUGCUCACUCCGACUCAGGUCAAGGAUCAGCCCACUGUUCAGUGGGACGGAGAAGCAAAUGCCUUUUACACACUGUGCAUGACUGAUCCCGACGCUCCAAGCAGGAAGGAACCUAAAUUCCGCGAAUGGCAUCACUGGCUGGUAGGCAAUAUUCCCGGUUCGGAUGUGAGUAAGGGAGACACUCUGUCCGCGUACGUCGGUUCCGGACCUCCCAAGGGUACAGGCCUUCACCGAUAUGUCUUCCUGGUGUACAAACAACCUGGCCGGCUCACUUUCGACGAGAAGCGCUUGACCAAUCGAAGCGGUGACAACCGCGGCAAGUUCUCCAUCAAGAAUUUUGCCGCCAAGUAUAAUCUCGGCGAUCCGAUUGCCGGUAAUAUGUACCAGGCGGAGUAUGACGAUUACGUGCCGAUUUUGUAUAAGCAGCUCGAUGGUUAAUUUUUUACAAUGCAUACGAUAUAAUAUUUACGACGGUACACAUGUUUAUACGUAAAGAUUGUAUAUCCAAUUAUUUGUUGGAUAAAUGCACACGCACUUUCCAAUGUAUUAACGUUUGUAUAUUGUAGUUGAAAAAGUAAUAAAUACCUUUUUCAGCUC